GCGGACAUGGCGCGGAGCUCCAGCGGCGCACGGGAAGUGGACGUGAGCGGCUACGACCGGCUCGGCUGUCUGCACGAGUGGUUCGCGGCGCAGGCCGGUAGCACUCCAGGAGCCGUGGCGGUGGUCUCCGACGACGGCAGACAGAUGAGCUUCUCGGAGCUGGACCACGCCUCAGACGUGCUAGCCGCGAGGCUGCGACACCUGGGUGCGGGCAAGAACUCCGUGGUGUGCAUCUUCAUGGAGCGCAGCGCGGAGUACGUCGUCUCGUACAUCGGCAUCCUGAAGGCAGGGGCGGCCUACCUGCCCUUGGAGACGGCCUACCCGCCGCAGCUGCUGGCGGCCGUGCUGGAGGACGCCCGGCCCCUGGCGGCCUGCACCAAGUCUGCCCUCGCCGCGCGGCUGCCUUCAGGGAGCGAGACCCGCCCCCUAGCCGUGCUCCUGCUGGAGGGCGACUGGCUGCUGCAGUUCGGGCGCCCGCCGCAGCCCCUGCCCGCGGCGCCACCGUCCAGCCUCGACGACAUGGCCUACACCGUGUACUCGUCGGGCACCACGGGCCGGCCCAAGGGCAUCCAGUAUCCGCACAGAGGCGCGGUGUUCAGCUACCACUGGCGCCAUCUUGCUUAUCCCUACCAGCCGGACGACAGAGAAGCGUGCAACGUGUUCUUCGUCUGGGAGUGCCUGAGACCUCUGCUCAAAGGAAUACCGCUGUACAUAAUACCGGAUGACGUCAUAUACGACCCACCAAAGCUCACGAGCUUUCUCAAGAGACACGGCAUCACCAGAAUGCUGUUUACACCUUCACUGCUGCAGACGGUGCUAGAUUCCAAAGGGGUGGAUUUGGAAGAGUCAUUUAAGACUAUGAGACAGGUGUGGCUGUGCGGGGAGGUGGUGACCGCGGCGCUGAGGGACCACGCGCUGGCGACCCUGCCCCGCGCCUGCCGGCUGCUCAACCUGUACAGCGUCUCCGAGGCGCACGACGUGGCCGCCGCCGACCUGGCCGCCUCCCGGGGGCCGUCCUGUCCGGCGGGCCGCCCCCUGCCCGGCGUGCGGCUGCUCGUGCUGGAUGGCGACAUGCGGCCCCUGCCCGCCGGCGCCACGGGAGAGGUGUUCGUCGGUGGACCCGGCCUGGCUACUGGCUACCUGAACCUGCCGGAGCUGACGGCGCGGAGGUUCGUGCGCGGGCCCCCGCCUGUAGGGGAGAGGCUGUACCGCACCGGCGACUGGGGCAGCCUCUCGGCCGACGGCGAGCUGCAGGUGUGCGGCCGCUGCGACUCCGUCGUCAGGAUCCGGGGUUACAGCGUCGAGCUGCAGGCUGUGGAGGCGGCCCUCCUGCAGCUGCCCGGGGUGAAGAGCUGCUGCUUGCUGGGGCGCGGCGAGCCCGGCUCGGACCAGCUGCUGGUCGCCUACGUGAUCGCCCCGGGAGGGGAGCCGUCCGGCAAGCAGCUGAGGGCAGGCCUCAGGGAGACGCUGCCCUCCUACAUGAUCCCUUCCAAGUUCGUGUUCCUGGACAGUUUACCCAUCCUGGAGUCAUCGGGGAAGCUGGAUACAAAACGUCUGAGAAGAAUAGACCUGAAGAGCGAUCUUACAGUUGGUGCAACUGAUCUGCCUUCCACAACCGUGGAACACAAACUCGCUGGCAUAUGGAGUCGGGUUCUGAACAUGGAUUACAUCGACGUGCAAGAGAGUUUCUUCGAUCUUGGAGGGCACUCGCUACUCGCGGCCCGCCUGCUGGGCGAAGUGAACGAACAGCUCGGCUCGAGUCUGACCGUCGACGAGUUGUUCUCGCACCCGUCCGUGUCCGCCAUGGCGAGUCUCCUGACGGACCCUCCCGGAGAGCGCUGUUCGGACGACGGACUCGACCUCAGGUUCGAGGUGGACAGUCUCGACCAGCUGGAUCCCGUGAAGGAAAUACUUGUGAAGGCGUUCCGGCGAUCGUUGCAACCGCCAUUUGCCAAGUCCCGCGGCAACAAGAUACUCUUGACAGGAGCCACUGGUUUCGUGGGCGCCUUCAUCCUCCGAGAACUCCUGGCUUCCACCCAGGCGACGGUGUACUGCUUGGUGAGAGAGGCGCCCAAUUGCACGCUCCUGGACAGAGUCAAGAACACUCUUCGUGAACACGGUCUUCUGGGGACCGGUGGCGCUUCCAGCGACCUCGAAGACUGCUUGGAGCGAAGAGUGAUUCUUCUCAAAGGGGACGUGUCGCUGCGGCGCCUGGGACUGCCCGAGGAGGACCACGCGUGGCUGUCCUUGGAGCUGGACGCCGUGGUGCACGCCGCGGCUGCAGUGGACCUGGUGCGGCCCUACCUCGCCCUGCGCGCCGUCAAUGCCGCGGGCACCCGCCACGUGGUCGCCCUGGCGGCGGAGGGCAGGCUCAAGCCCCUGCACCACGUCAGCACGGACGCGGUGUUCCCCCACGCCAUGCGCGGGUGUCGGGAGGACGACGACAUGUCCGCCAUCGCCGACGGGCUGAGGGGCGGCUACGCCCGGUCCAAGUGGGUGGCCGAGCAGCUGGUGCUGCGCGCCGGAGCGAAGGGCCUCCCCGUCGUCGUGUACCGGUGUGGCAACGUCGGAGGGUCGCAAGAUCACCCGAGCUGGAACAAGGCCGACUUCACGCUCUUGGUGAUCCAGGGGUGUCUGCGGACUAUGACAGUUCCGGACCUGGACUGGCAGAUUGAGCUGACCCCAGUGGACUUUCUGAGCAGAGUUAUCGUCAAGCUCUCCGAGAACAUCGCACACUCGGUUGGGAAUAUUUACCAUCUUACCAACACCAACACUAUGAACUGCAGAGACCUGUGGCAGCUGCUUAAGGCGCAUGGGUACCCCGUGCAAGAAGUGCCCUACGACACCUGGUGGCGGAACGUGAAGGCCGUCGCCUCGGGAGGCGAAGCACCUGAACUGAGUUCUCUCGUCUUCCUGCUGGAGUCCCUGGUCAGGGGACCAGAAUACUUCUCGAACCUGUCCACGUUCGCGCGGGAUAACACUCAGGCGUUCCUGGACUCCCAGGGGAUGAAAUAUUCCCCAGUGGACAGAGCCCUGGUGACAAAAUACUUGUGUCACCUAACCUCUCUGGGGCUGAUACCUCAGCCAGAUAUUAAGUUCAGUCUGUGUGCGAGGUCGCUGCAGGGCAGAGUGGCGCUGGUGACGGGCGCGUCCUCGGGCAUCGGGGAGGCGGUAGCCCGGCUGCUGGCGGCCAACGGGGCGAAGGUGGCGCUGGCGGCGAGGCGCGCCGACCGCCUGGAGGCGCUGCAGAGGGCCAUCGAGGGCGGGGGCGGCACGGCUCUCGCCGUCCAGAUGGACGUCACAGAGCCGGACCAAGUGCGGCGAGGUGUGGAGCGGGUAGAGUCCUCUCUCGGCCCCAUCAGCGUGCUGGUGAACAACGCCGGCAUCCUGUACUACACGCUCAUGAAGAACGCCCGGCUGGACGAGUGGCGUCGCAUGGUCGACGUCAACGUGAACGGCGUGCUCAACUGCCUGGCCGAUGUGCUGCCGGGCAUGGUGGCGCGCGGCGAGGGACACAUCGUCAACAUCACCUCUGACGCGGGACGGAAGGCGUUUGCGGCGGCGGCGGUGUACACCGGCACGAAGUACUUCCUGGAGGGCAUGUCGCGCGCCUUGCGGCAGGAGGUGGCCGGCUCCGGGGUCAAGGUCACCUGCGUCCAGCCGGGCGACGUCACCACGGAGAUCUUGGACUACACGACGGACCAGGAGGCGACUGCUGCGUACGAGUACGAGGUGAAGAACCCGUUGGAGUCGAAGGACGUGGCUGAAGCCGUGCUGUAUGCGGUAACGCAACCAGCGCAUUGCGCAGUCAAUGAGAUACUUCUAGAGCCACACGAGACACCCAUUUAAAGAGUUGGUUCGUUUGAAAAAAAAAAAUCUUGCUUCAUGUACUGCAAAUAAAUAUAAAUAACACCAUACCCACACUGUAA